AUGGUUCUUUCGCAUCAAAACAUAUCACAGUCUGGACAAAACCAAUGGGGGAUUUAUCCAAAUUUCAACCCUUCGGCCGAGGAGAUAGCUCGAAUGAUGGCCGACGAGUCUAGGAGGACUGUCCAUGAGUUAAGGCUCUCAGUAGAUGGUUUGGGUCGAGAUUUAGCAGCAAGCAUCAACAAUAACACUAGUACCCAAAUGGGAAAUCUCAAUAACACCAUGCUCCUCAUCUACGAACAAUUGUUGGCUAAUGGGAAUAAUGGAGCGCACGAAAUCGUGGGACACCAGCAUAGCAUGCAGGCUCAAAUCCAACCCAACCAAGUCAACAUGGCAAACCAAAUGAAUAUGCAACAGCAGCCAAGGAUGCCAAAUAUGCAACAGCAGCCAAGGAUGCCGUAUCCGCCUUAUGGCAUGCCACCCGAAAUGGGAUUCGGCCAAGGAUUUAUCCCUCAGCCGAACCAGGUAAACAACAAUGUGGCUCAAAACCAUCAGCAGAACAAUCAUCAAGGAGGAGGUCAAGACCGACCGGUUCGCCUCAAUGAGUUUCAAAAUUUAGUUGAAGAUCUUAUGGGAGUCUUACCAAGACGGGUGGAGAGACCAAGUUAUGCUAAACCAUAUCCUGCAUAUAUUGAUACCAUCCCGUACCCAGCAGGAUAUCGCAUUCCCUCAUUCACAUUGUUCUCUGAAGAUGCAUAUCAAUCCACUGUAGAACACAUUGGCCGAUUCACGGCCCAGUAUGGAGAGGCCAGCUCUGACAAUAACAACCUAAGGCUAUUCGUCCACUCCCUCACGGGACCAGCCUUCACUUGGUUCAUCAAUCUCCCACCCAACUCAGUCAAUAAUUGGAGGGAAAUGGAACGAGCUUUCCAUGACUAA